AUGCAGCAUCCUCCGCUAUUUCCUUCUCCAGUUCCCAGCCCUGAAAAUAGUAGAAGAAACUGUGUCAUAGCUUUCACUACUCCACAAAACUACGCACCAAGAUUAUCUGAGCUCAUACACCUCAAAGGAUGGACACCCCUUUGGUGUCCUACCGUCAUUGUUGAAUCUACGGAACAAACAAUCUCUUCCAUUCAUCACUACCUCAACCCACAAGCUGGUAUCGAUGAACCCAAUUCGUUUCUUGAAGAAUUUUCAGCUCUAGCAUUCACUUCAAGAACUGGGAUUACAGCUUUUUCACAAGCUUUAUCUAUUAACCCCACACCCCCAUUAACCCCAAAUGGAGAAAUUCUCACAAUUGCAGCUUUGGGUAAUGAUGCUGAGCUUCUGGAUCGAGAAUUCAUUCGAAAAAUGUGUGAAAACCCUGAAAGAAUUCGAGUUUUGGUUCCUUCAAUUGCAACCCCAUCUGGGUUAGUGGAGGCAUUAGGAUUAGGCCAAGGGAGAAAAGUGUUAUGCCCAGUUCCGUUGGUGAUUGGGUUGAAUGAACCACCUGUUGUGCCGAAAUUCCUUGAGGAUUUAUCGAAAAGGGGAUGGAUUCCAGUGAGAUUAGACGCGUAUGAGACGCGAUGGGCAGGGGCGAAAUGCGCGGUGGAUGUGGUGACAAAGAGUGAAGAGGAGUGUGGAUUUGAUGCAAUUGUGUUUACUAGUACUGGAGAAGUGGAGGGUUUGUUGAAGAGUUUGGAGGAAUUUGGAUUGGAUUGGUCAAUGGUGAGGAGGAGAUGUCCAAGAAUGGUAGUGGCUGCUCAUGGCCCUGUUACAGCUGCUGGUGCUGAGAGUUUGGGUGUUGGCAUUGAUGUGGUAAGUUCCAAUUUUGGUAGCUUUAAUGGUGUUGUUGAUGCACUAGCUCAUAAAUGGAAAUCAUUGGAAAAUCAAGAAUCUUGA